ACAAACUGAUCCAAUAAAAACCCUAGAAUCCCUAAAUUUAGGUUUAGAAAUAGCGCCUUUCUCUUCAUUCCAGCUCCUUCUUCUGUUGCCCUAGCCUCCGCCACUCCCCACCCCCUUACCCCUAAAAACUUCCGGCGAUAAUGGCACCUAAGAAGGAAAAGGCUCCUCCACCGUCUUCCAAGCCCGCCAAGUCCGGUGGUGGCAAGCAGAAGAAGAAGAAGUGGAGCAAGGGAAAGCAAAAGGAGAAGGUGAACAACAUGGUUUUGUUCGAUAAGGGUACUUACGACAAGCUCAUCACUGAAGCACCCAAGUAUAAGCUUAUCACCCCUUCCGUCCUCUCUGACCGUUUGAGGAUUAGUGGAUCCCUUGCCAGGAAGGCAAUUAGGGAAUUGAUGGCUAAAGGUUUGAUCAGGAUGGUGUCUGCUCAUGCUAGCCAGCAGAUUUACACCCGGGCUACCAACACCUAAGGCUUUAAUAUUUAGACUUUGUUGUUUAAUUAGCCUUUCAUUUUGUUUGAAACACUAUGUCAAAGACAAUUUUGUGCUAUGAGUUGAAGAUUUGUUACUCAUUGAAUUCUUGG